AUGACGGUGAUUCAGAGGAAUAAGUUUCGGGAGGAGACGAGGUUCGCGCUGGGGGAGCUGCGGGACGUGGCGCGCGUCGCGGUGGUGUACGGCGACGCGGCGAAAGUGGAGCGAGAUUUGAUGGCGGCGACGCCGUAUCGACGGCGGUUGGAACAGAGUCGGAUUUUAGUCGUGCCCGUGGUCGAGCGCGAGAGCGCGGCGGCGACGUCGGCCGUCGCGGACGUCGGACCGGGACGGUGGGAGCUUUUGAAGGACGUCGUUAAGGCGUUUCCGGGCGCCGGCGCGGGAAGAUGGCUCGCGUGGCCGACGCGAAACGACGAUUGGAGCGGGUAUUUCCGGCGACUGAUGGGUGACGCGGCGGCGUCGGGCGGGUACUUGACCAUUUCCACGAGCGGCAUGAUUCGCGGCUCUGGCGUGGGCGCGCCGAAUUGGGAUGUUUUGUUGAGCACGUUUCCUCGGAACCGGCCGGGGAACAAACAAGAUGAAGAGGCGGAGAAAGCGUGGAAACGCGCGACAUUAGAUUCGUCCGAGGCGCUCACGUCGAAGGAGGAAGGCACUCGAAUCGCCUCGGGCGGUGGGCGCGGCGCGAUUUCGCAAGCGCUUCCACGCGACGUGCCCGAAUUGAGCGAAAUCGUCGCCAUACACGAAGGCUUUUAUCGCGCCCUGGGCGAGGGCGACGAAGAAGCGAUGGCGGCUAUUUGGUCAAAGAGUAAGACGCGACAGAGCGCGCUGGCGCCGCUUGUCGAUAAGGGUGCGCGUCUCGAUGGAUGGGACGUUGUUUUGCGACCAGAUCGCCGACCGCAGGGUAUCAUAGUGAGCGACCUCGACGUGACGAUCGAAAAGGGCCUCGCAACGCUCACUGGAUUAGAAACCGUCGCCAAUGGCGCGACUCUACUCUGCACGCAGACUUUCGAACGCGAUGACACCGAUGGUGCAUGGAUAAUGACUGGUCACACGACGAUUCCGUAUGGCGCCGACGUCGUGGCGAAGGUCGUGUUGCGAUGCGACGCGAGCGGCUGCAUCGCUUUGCCGGCGAAGUCUGUCGCGUCGAGCGUGCGUUGA